AGGACUUUCCGGUGGCGCGGGAAAUGAACAGAGUGGGAACUGCCUGCCGCUGCAGGAUCUGAUUGUUCUCGGCUGAGCUGCUGCACGGUGUGUUUCUAUCGCUGUUUAUGUGCGAAGAUAGUUAAAAGAAAAAUGCCAUCCACCCGCUCCAAGAAACUGGCAGCACAGGCUCCAUACACCAGGAUGAGUUUAAGGAGCUUCCGCACUGUCCCUCUGGUUCCCAUGGAGACUUCCUCUUCUUCCUCUGAUGACAGCUGUGAUAGCUUUGGCUCUGAUGGAGGCUUUGCAAAUACGAGGAACAGCUUAAGACAGACGAGGCAGAGGAUGGCAGAGAAACCAAAGAUGUUUAAGACUUCAUCAGAGGAGGAUACAUGCAGCGGGUUUGAGGAGAGUGAGAUCAACAGUCAGAUGAAAGCCAUGAAAGUAGACUCUGAACCUCGGAGACGUGGCCGCAGGUCCACCGUCUUGAAGGUUGCCAUGCCAUUCCCCAACAAGAAGACAGGCAAAAAGAGGCCUGCGUCCGAACCGUUCCCUCAAAUUAAAGUAGAAGACUCCGACUCUGAGGAAGAGGAGAACUUCAUGCACAAGAGAGCUCUGAAUAUUAAGGAGAACAAAGAAAUGCUGCAAAAGCUCAUGGCAGAACUGAACAAGGUGCCCGGACUCUUCCCAAGACGAAUGGCAAUGUCUGCAUCCACUACGCCUCAACAAGCACCUCGACGGGCAAUGGGAACUCCAAGAGCUUGUAGGAGAAACCCAGAGCGUUUGUCUCGUCCCCACACGCGGUCCCGCUCACUGGUGGACGGACCCCCCAGCCCAACUCCAGAGGAAGAGCCCGAGGACAAGUUUAGUCUGGUUCGCAAAAGCGGCUACAGUGAGGACUAUGAUGAGCCUCCCCGUCGUCGUAUCUUCAACAGUACCAAGGCCAUCCCUCAUGUAGUGCGGCCUGUGGAUGACAUCACGGAGGCGGAGCUCCAGAGCAUCUGCCACAAUGUGCGGGACAAAGUCUACAACAGCUCCACUGGGUCCACUUGCCACCAGUGCCGCCAGAAAACCAUCGACGCCAAAACCAACUGCCGUAAUCCAGAGUGUGUGGGGGUGAGGGGUCAGUUCUGCGGCCCUUGUCUCCGUAACCGUUAUGGAGAGGAGGUCCGUGAUGCUCUGCUGAAUCCAGAGUGGCAGUGCCCGCCAUGCAGAGGGAUCUGUAACUGCAGCUUCUGUCGGGCCCGAGACGGUCGCUGUGCUACAGGAGUGUUGGUGUACCUGGCUAAAUAUCAUGGAUUUGAUAAUGUGCACUCCUACCUUAAAAGUUUGAAAAAGGAGAUGGAAGAAAUCAUCGAGUGAAGUGUGGAGAAAGGAGCUGGACCUGACUGACCUGCUCUGUGACUAUUUUUACCUACCCAGAGUCCAAAUAUUGUUCAUGGUGUUUCAAGCAUUAUAACACAAUGCUUAUUGUUGUUCCUGUUUAUGAAAUUUCAAAAAUGUUUAGCAUUAGCUGACAUCUGGAAGAGGCACAUGCAGCUGGAUGCUUUGUUUUUGUGUAACAUAUUUUCCUGCUUGGUCUGUUUGUUGUGGACAAAAAACAUGUUUAGAACAAUUUCUCAACCUUAAAUUGUUGACUUCCAAACAUACUUCUAUGAUCUUAUGUGUAUGUUUUUAAGACAAUUGAUGUACAUAUUCUCCUAGCAUGGAAAAAUGAAAUCCCUUUUAUAGCUGUAUCAUCCUCCAUGCUGCAAAGUCAGGCUUGAUUAGAUUUACUGUAUUUUACAUUGUUUUAAAUGUACAGAUUUAACACUGUCUACUCUGACAGAAAUUGGCCUCCAAGGGAUUCAUCAGUGCCUUUUUUUUCUAGUUUAUGCUUGUGUUUUUACAAGUUGGCUAACCUUUUGUAAGUCUGCUGAAAGUGUAAAUGUAAAACCAAAACAAAAUAUUUGCUUUGGUUGGGGUGUCCUGUAGAAGAGGUCGAAUGAGCUGCAUACUGCAUCUGAGGGCAGGUGGAAAGAGCGUAGACUCUGGGGUCCACUGCCUCUCACUUCUAAACCGAAAGGAACUAUGUGAUAUACUACAGCGCCUGGUUAAAUAUCCUUCAUUAGAUAACUGUCACUAAUGGUGUGGAAACAAUUAGCACACUCUAAUGGGAAUCUCAUACCUGUAAAUCAUUUUAUCCUGUUAAAGCACAUUCUCGCUCUGCUCCAGUCUCUUUGGCUCAUUUUCUGCCUUACACUGUUAAGUAGGAAUGGUUGAAGGUGCCACUGAAGUGGCAAUAGAGUUAUGGCCUGCAUUUUCUGUUCAGAAGUGCGAUUCUCUACGCGAAAUGACAUGGAAUUAACCUUUGUGUCGCUCAUCUUUGAAAUGUACUUCAUUCGACCUGCACCGGGACACACUGAUUAUAUGAUACUGUUUCAAAAAAUAAUCAACGGUUGGAUUUCUUCCUCUUCAGCGUAAUGGCAGGUGGAGUUUAUAUUACUGCUGCUUGUGUUGAUCAGGCACUGACGGCACAAAUAAUGCUGACCGGUUCAUGGGAAUAUACUGUAUGUUCUAGUGAUGUUUGCUUUGUGUUCAUUUGGUUAGCUACCCAUUUUUAUUAAAGCAUUUAUCACUGCAAA